CACGUGGCCUCAGAGUAGGCUGUGACUCGAUGGCGCGAUGUUUCUGCGGUCUCAAAGUGCAGUUAGUAACGUUGAUCAUUGUUGUAUUUAUCAACAUACAUCGCAAACUGCAUAUAGAAAAUCAUCACAGUUCAAGGAUAUUUCACACUUCAUCACAAAGCAGAGAGCAGCUGUGUUCUGAAACGCACUGGUCGGUGAAAUUGGCUUGAUUUCUGUUAUCUCGUGCAAGAUGUUAAAGGAAGCAGAUGCCAUAAAUCAUCCCUAUUGGCCGCGUAACCUUUCCAUUCCAAACUAUGUAGCUAAUGACCGUUCAAUGUCUGAAAUCCUCAUAUUCCUGUUCUCCGUGUCUGGGAUACUGCUGCUUGCCACCUGGUCACUAACUGGGUGUAAGGUAUCCGGGAGCAGGCUCAGUGGAGGUAGAAGGUUAGCUCUGUGCUGGUUCACUGUGUGUGGCUUCAUCCAUGGUGUAGUUGAGGGGUGGUUCUCUUUAUACUACACCAUUAUUCCUGAAGACCAGAGUUUUCUUUCACAGCUCUGGAAAGAAUAUUGCAAAGGAGACAGCAGAUAUGCAAUAGCGGAUAAUUUCACAGUAAGCAUGGAGACGAUAACAGCUUGUCUCUGGGGUCCCUUCAGUAUAUGGAUCGUUAUAGCCUUCCUAUAUAACCGUCCUUACAGAUUUGUUCUGCAGCUCAUCGUAUCCCUGGGUCAGCUGUAUGGUGCAGUGCUUUACUUUUUCACUGAGCACAAAGAGGGAUACAUUCACAGCGAGUACGGUCACCCCAUAUACUUCUGGUUCUACUUUGUAUUCUUAAAUGCUUUAUGGAUUGUCAUUCCUCUUAUCGUUAUAUUGGAUUCAUGGUGUCAGUUAUCAACCAUUCAAUCCAUGUUUGAUAAAGCGGCCCUGAAAGAAAAGUCUAAAAGAAGCUAGUCCGAUAGUAAUGUUUAACUUUAAAAAGAAUUAAACUUGUAAACUUGAUUUUUAUUAUUACAAUAUGUGAAGAGAAAAUAAACUUAGAAAAAUAGAAUUAUACAGUACUGUUGAUGGAUACAAAUAAGGCUGGAAAGUAAUGUUUAUGUUAAAUAUUCAUUAUAGUAAUUAAAAUUUGGUCUGGUUCAACAUUGAAUGGUCAUAAUACUGUUGCAACAGGGCUGUUUCCUAUUUAUUUUUGUAAAUAUGAAGCUUGAAUGUGUUUUUAUAACACACUAUCUGAUCUUCACACUAACUGAUCUACUGCUGGUUGCCCUGGCUGUUCUAUUGUAACUAAACUGACUAUCCUGUUUUCCGAUCAUUACAACUGAGAUUUUAUUAAUUGAACAUAUGGUGAAAAUAUUUGCUUGGCAGUACAUGAUGCGAUUUGACAAUCUCAAAGUGUCUUUCUCUGGUGCUUAGGAGAAAAUACGUAAAUAUUAGUUUAAAUAUAGAUGCGGCAUUGGCUGCUCUGCUCCGCUGCUGCAAUACAUCAACGGUGCCGCCAUAUUACUGAGGGCAAAAGCUCACUAAACCCAUAUAAGUGAACGGAGAGCUGCGCUUUUUCAGCAUUAAAGCAACAACGAGCCGUCUUUCGUCCUUAAAAUAAUCUCUCUAAAAUUAUUUUAGUGGUAGGACAACUCUUAACUGGACAAAUUUUACUGCCGUUUCUGCCUAAGCAGCCCUCUAUCGGCUGAAAUCACACUUGUAACUUUGGUGUGCGGGUAGGUUCACAAGCCCUGCCCAUCACCUGCUUUACGGCAUAUGUCAUAUGUGGGUGAAGUUAGCCAACAUCUAACAAUAAGACGAGACCAUCUAGUUCAACGCAAGUCUCCAAACUAUCACCAUGGCAGAGUCUGCAAAAAAACAAAGAGGGUUUUGUCGGUGGAAGCGAAGAAAAGAAAGAGAGAGAGUGAUCGGACACGAGCCCAAUCACAAAUCAAUAUCGGACAGGCUUACACUCCGUGGCGCGAACUGAAAGAGGCAACGGGUUGCAAAACUGAUGGAGGCGGUCCUGCUACUGAAUUUGUAAGUGUUAUAUGUACAUUUUUCUUACACUCCUGUACUUUUGAGCUUAUUUGUUAUUAAGAUGUGUUCAGGUUGUACAUUGGCGCAUCACCGGUUCACAAUUUAUAACCGUAAGGUAGCUGAGAGAUAAUAUUUUGUUGCCCCGGUGUCGAUAGCUAGCAUGUUGUUUCUCGUCACGAAUUUGUGUAAUGCAUGUAAACGAAGACUACCACAUUAAACGUUUUGUGGUAAAAAUGUGCAGAUUACGUAGUUCAGACCAGUUAUGCAUGUAAUUGUUGAACAGUUCAGUCGUUGAGUAGGCAAAUGUUAUCGUUAUGUAUAAUUAUAUGCUAUGCACUGUUUUCAUAGCGAGUUGAGUGUAGUUAUUACACAAAACACAACGCCUGGUCGCGAGUUGUUGUCAUUAUAGUAGUAAAUUACGGUGUAACAAUACAUACAACUUUGUAAUGAUAUCUGAAGAACAUAUGGUAAGACGUGCUACUUUACCUGAUCGGUGGACAGUUUCAAAACGACGUAUCUGGGUAUGCCGGUUACAUCAGCUUUGUAAACAAAUUCACGUGUAUUGAGCUGACAACGGGGAAACUUUGCGACAUUAUUUACGACACAUGUAUCAGACAAUUGUGCUCAUCAACCACUUGGGGUAACUAUACACCAAAACGGCUCGUUGUUGCUUUAAAAAGGACAAUCACGUUUACAUUUUUUUUAACACAUUUCAAUGGUCUACAAUAUACUGUACGUAAAGUACAAAUUUAUCAUGUCUCUAGUUACUUAAUAUCUCCAUAGUUAUACUUUCAAAUUAAUUGUUGUCAUAAGGAAUUGUGAGAGUGAGAUAUACAUUAAUUGAGCCUGUUAUUCAGGAGAAUCCACUAGAUGGCACCAUGUCUAGAAUAUGUUGGGGAUAUGCAAGACAAGCAACAGAAUAAAAUAACUACACGAAGUAUUAUUCGAGAAUAAAACAGACAUGUUGAGAUUGUUUUUGAGUUUUAUUUGAAUCAUUGAACAAAACACUCAAGGUAAAAUAAUUCAAUUUACAUGUUAUCUAAAAAAUAAAGAGUUUUUUACU